UGUAGCAGGGCCAAGUCCUGUUCCUCAGGGGAACGUUUAGGCAGCUGUCACCACCUCCAGACUUCCGGUUCCGGUUUUCAGGUUUCACAAGCGGCUGUCGCUAUGGAGGAACCCGAGAUGCAACUCAAGGGGAAGAAAGUUACGGACAAGUUCACUGAGAGCGUCUACGUCCUGGCCAAUGAGCCAUCUGUGGCCCUGUACCGGCUGCAGGAACAUGUGCGCCGCUCUCUGCCAGAGCUGGCCCAGCAUAAGGCUGACAUGCAGCGGUGGGAGGAGCAGAGCCAAGGAGCCAUCUACACAGUGGAGUACGCCUGCAGUGCCGUGAAGAACCUCGUCGACAGCAGCGUCUACUUCCGCAGUGUGGAGGGUCUCCUGAAACAGGCCAUCAACAUCCGGGACCACAUGAAUGCCGCCACCCAGGGCCACAGCCCCCAGGAGUUGCCCCCGCCCUCCUCAGCCUGAUCUCAGAAGAGACUCUAAGGGCUUUGGCCCCUCCAACCAGGGUCCUACAUACAUCUCUGAAUUUUACCGAAGAGGAAACAGGCUCGGAUGGGCAAGGCAGGGUCACCACUCAUGACUGAAAGUGCAGAGUUACACCAAGAUGUCCAGUGUCCCGGGGCUUCUCCUCUUCCCUUUCCCCUGUCAGGCCCCUGCCUCAGGUAUCACCUUACUGAGAUCACCCUGAAGCCCCGGGGGCCUCUCAGACCUCCUUGUCCUCACCCUUGUCCCUCCUCCCUAAGUUGGACACCCCAGUGUUGGACCCUUGGACACAACCUUGUGAGACCUAUAAAGGACCACAGACUGAGCAAGCGUGGCCAGCACAGUCCUCUCACUCCUGCCCCUAGCCUCCUGAGACAAGGUAUUGUCCUUGGACUCCUACCCCACAUUAGCCAUGUCCCCUCGGACCAAUAACUUCUACUGUGUUAAUCCCCAUUGACUACUCUGUGCUUGCGGCUUUGCCACAGUCUUCUUUUAUAUUUAAACAGCCUUAUAAGGUGGGUAUCACCCUCAAAUACAGAUGGGAAAAGA